ACGCAGCUGUUGGCCCAAUGGUCCAUGCCUAUGUCACUACAGUUCAGGACAUGGAUGCAGAAUUGCAAAGUCAGGAGCCGUCUGGGUCCACAGAGAGUAACAGUCACACUGACACCAACAACAACAACAACCAGACAGAUGAACCAAAGCUGGAGGAGGGCAAAGACCUGGGGGGAGAGAAUGCAGCGGUAGACACAGCAGAAGGUCAGGGGGUAAUGGUGGACAAGGAUUCAGAAACAGAUAAAGAAGUAGAUAAGGCCGGGGCAGAAGAUACAGACAAGCCUGAGAUCACUGCAUCAAAGCAGGCUGAAGGUGACGGAGAGGAGGCUGGACAGGAUAAAGAUGCGAAGGAUCCAAAGGUGACGAGUGGAGAAAAAGAUGAUGAGGGGGAGAGUGAGGAGGACAAGAAAGGUGGGCAGGUGGAAAAGGUCACAAGUUGUGAGACUGGGGGAGAGGGAGAGAAGAUGAAGGAUAAAAACAAAGAAGAAAUGAAGAGUGAAACAGAGGAAAAGACAAAGACAGAAGCAAAGGGAAAAGAGGCAGAAAAAGAUGUGAAUGAAAAAGACGCAAAAGGGGCGGAGAAGAAGAAAACAGUGAAGGAAGCAAAUGUGGAAACAAAAGAUAAAGGACAGAGUAAGGAAGUGGAAAAGCAAGGGAAACCAAAAAGAAAGAGUGGUCCUCCUCCUUCCUCUCUCUCCAGACCGAGACCCUCUGCUCGCUCCAUUAGAGCGGCUGCUAAAAACGACAUCAUUGCCAAGUUUCAGCAGGGGGCUCCAGAGACACCAAUACCACGCAACUUCAAAAUCCAGAAGUCAGCUUCAGCUUCAGCAACAGGAGCCACAAUCAAACAGAAGAUGCUCCAGUGGUGUCACAACAAGACUCGCAACUACGAGGGUGUCAACAUAGAAAACUUUUCGUCAUCCUGGUGUGAUGGCUUGGCGUUCUGUGCUCUGAUCCAUCGUUUCUUUCCUGAUGCUUUUGACUUCAGCUCCCUGAGUCCAAAGGAGAGGGCGAAAAACUUCACUCUGGCCUUCCAAACUGCAGAGUCCCUGGCUGACUGCUGCCCUCUGCUGGAAGUAGAGGACAUGAUCAUGAUGGGUAAAAACCCUGACCCCAUGUGUGUGUUCACAUAUGUCCAGUCCCUCUGCCACAGCCUCUCCAAAAUAGAGAAAGAGAGGAAGGAAAAAGAAAAGGAGAAGAAAGAGGAGGCUGGAGAUGAUAAAGGGGAAGAUGCAGCAGGGUCGGUGUCACCAGAGAAAGAGGAAGGAGAGUCUGCUGAGAAUGGGACGAUGGAGAGCCAAGACGAGACACAGAGAGAGGAUACAGAGACAGACGGAACUGGUGAAGAGGAGAAAACACAUACUAGCUGUGAGAUGGAGGGAGAUGAAGCAGUGUCAGUCGAAGCAGAGUCCUAAAUAAAUAAUGAUGGCAAAGUGAAGUAGUGAAAAGACCAAAAAGAGGCUGAUGGUUGAUGUACUGUGAUCAGUAAGUCUUAGUUUGGUUGUUGUACUGACUACUGUCAAAGAAUAGAAGGACAUCAGGUUGAGAGUCAGCUCAAUUGUUGGCAAUGUUUUAAUAGUCAUGUUUAUAUUAUACGUUUUAAGGUUUGCUAUAAGCUGUGUUUUCUUUAUUCAUUUGUUGAGGUGUUUUGAGCCCUAAGUGCAGAAAUGUACUGUUCUUCUA